AUGCUUCUCACUCCAAGCGUCUUGCCUAAAGAUCGCAAGCGACGCCGCAGUCAAAUCAGUAACAGCUCUACAGUCUCCGAGAACACACGUACUGGCUGUUACCCACCAAACACCUGGGACAGAGUAUCCAAGUUAUACCUCACCCCCCUUGCCCUUGAAGAACUCAGCCGCAGGACCUAUUACUUCGACUCCAUCUCUCCUUCCAUCUCCACCGAAUCAGAGCCGUCCCCGCAGACGACCCCUCAACACGCUACGCUUGCGCAAUUCGCCAGACACGGAGGGCCCGACUUAAGUGACGUCCGAGGCGACUACAUUGUACCCUCCAGAAAGCUUUACGCACUAUGUCUGCCAAACUUCUUCGCAGAAAGUAAAGGAGCCGACGGGGAUUCCAGCAUCUGUCGGCGACAAGCUUUCUAUGAUAGCGCAUUAGGUAAACGAAGCAUAACGAAACUCAUGGAAUAUGCCGAUCCUGCUGGGGAAAUCUACGAUUACGCGCGUACGUUUGUAUGCACCUUCUACGGCACUGAAGCGGUAUUAAGCAUUUUCUGCCUCCAUCGCUCGGGUCCCCGCAAUGAAACUGGCGAGAUUGAGGAGCUUUACGUGCAUAUGCACCGCCUAGGCAGUUUCGCUAUAGUAGGCGGCGCCGACACUUUUCGCCAGGGAGCAACGAUGCUCCGCAACGCGCGGCUCCUCGCUCAGAGUCACCGAGAUGAAAUCAUCCGAAAAGCGAACGAGAAAGCCGCUAAGGACACGUCGGAAAGUUUGCUGUCCACGCAAAAUUCCGCGUCCUUCGGCUCCAAUGGGAGCGGCUCUACCGUGACAGACACAGACCAGCUCUCUCCAGAGUAUGAGGCGAGGAAGAAGGCGCGAUUGCAGGAACGUCGCGAGGAAACGUGA